UGCGAUUUUUCCCAAGUUCUCCUUCACGGUUGCUAUGCCCUUUUAUAUUAUACCAUGACUCAAUGUAACCGACGGACCAUUACUAUUGGCUUAAUAGGAUCGUUUAUCGCUCUCGUCAACCUCAUUCUUAUAUAUCAUUUUCACCCAACCUUUAACGAGUUCCCAUCCACCCAACCCUUACCUCCACCGCCCCGUCCUGCCCCUCCUCCUCUUGAACCACCCAAACAUUACGGUAUUCCGCUCGUUCGACCACCACAACAUGAACGAAAAUUCGUCAGUACCGCCGUUGACGAUUUUAUCAAAAACGUUUCAAUGGCUUUCCAAGAUCCCGAUUUAGCCAUUCUUUUGCAAAACUGUCUGCCCAAUACACUAGAUACCACCAUCGAAUGGUAUCGUCUGCGAGAUGAUCCUCGCACAUUCCUGAUCACCGGUGACAUUCCUGCCAUGUGGAUACGUGAUUCGACUAACCAAAUUUUACCCUAUUUAUCCAUGGCAUCGUUGGAUCGACGGCUUCAGGAUCUAAUAUUGGGCGUUCUGGUAGUGCAAGCUUCCUACCUUCACUAUGAUCCUUAUGCAAAUGCCUUUUUACGUCCCUGGUAUGCUCCUAAUUUUCGCUUCCGCGAUGGUCGUACUGAUCAGGUGGUUCCUCACUACGAUCCAAACCUGGUGUGGGAAUCCAAGUAUGAGUUGGAUUCCUUGGCCCAUUUUCUUGAAUUGGCCAAUGAAUACAUGACGGUGACAGGUGAUAUUGAGCGGGUGGUUCGUUCUGAAGAUUGGGUAAAAGCGCUUCCACGCGUGUUCCAGGUGAUUCGACAUCAAAUGCGGGGCAGUUGGGAGGAACCGGUGCUGUCAUCCGUUGAAUGGCCACUUCAUCAUCGACCGCCCGUGACAUACCUUGGCGGAAAUCGUUCCUAUAUCGAAACCCCUGAACCGUUGCCUGUAAACAAUGGUUACCGAUUCAAACGAUUUACCGAUCGCCCUACGGAAACGCUGGGCGAAAAUGGAAUAGGCGGAAUAUCACGUCAAUGCGGAUUGGUUCGGAGCGCGUUCCGUCCGAGCGACGACGCCACGACUUUUCCUUAUCUGAUUCCCGCCAAUGCGCAGCUGACCGUCAACCUUGGACGUCUGGCGAAGCAUCUUCAGGACGCUUUCAAAAAAUUCAAUGACCUCGCCCCCGAGCUGAAAGACAUUGCACGCGAAGCAGAAACCCUGAGCGACACAAUUCGAAAAGCCAUCUAUGAGCAUGCGGUGGUGGAGCACCCUCGAUUUGGGAAGAUUUUUGCCUAUGAAGUGGAUUGCUACGGCUCGCAGCUGCUGAUGGACGAUGCCAAUACCCCUUCGUUGCUAAGUUUACCGAUCCUCGGAUUCGUCGAUACCCAGGAUACUGUUUACCAAAACACCCGUGCGUUUGUCCUAUCACAAAAUAAUCCUUGGUAUUUCGAAGGAGCUUUUGCUCAGGGCGUUGGUAGUCCUCACACGGGUCGCGAUAUGAUUUGGCCUAUGAGCCUGCUGAUGCAAAUUCAGACGUCUACUUCGGAAAAUGAAAUUCGACUGUUGCUGGAGACACUAAAACGGUUGUCUUCGAAAACGGGGUUGAUGUGUGAAUCAUUCCAUAAGGACCAGCCGGCGCGAUUCACGCGUCCUUGGUUCAGCUGGGCCAAUGGUCUGGCAGGAUCCACUCUCAUUAGUGUUUUCCAGCGUUUCCCUCACCUUGUGUAAUGCGAAAAGGAGGACGAUCAACAGAAAAACAGAAAAACAGAAAAAUAAAAAAAUCGCAGAAAAAAAAGUGGGAAAUAAAUAGUGACGUUUUAAUGCAAC